AUGGAGGGUGCUUCCAAAAUAAGGAAAUUCUUUUCCCCUUUACUUUCGCAGCAACCCCUUCUCGUGGCUCUAGUCCUCAUCCUCGUCUUCGCUAUCAAUUAUCCAUCACUCUCCGAUAGUCAUGCCGCCGCAGCUCACCAUCUCCACCGUCGUAGCUUCUUAUCCACCGGAAUCUUCUCUUCCUCUUCUUCUGCUCGCGAAGGAGCUGCUCGUGAGACAAUCCUCGACCGCAAAAAGACCUCACGGUCUCUCUGUCCUCGUGACCGGAGCCGCCGGUUUCGUCGGACCCCACGCCUCACUCGCGUUGAUGGAGACGGCGUCUUAGGAUUCGACAACUUCAACGAUUACUACGACCCAUCACUAAAAAGAGCAAGACAAGAUCUUCUAAAGAAACAAAAAGUGUUCAUGGUUGAAAUUUGUAUAGAUUUACACCAUUAG